CGCUUUUUACGUUGAAACUUCCACAUCCUGCUCUCGGCAGAAAACAGGCUGACAGGCAAAGUAACCAAUCAGUUUCGGGGAAGUCUAUCGGUCGACCAAUCAGAAGUUCACAAUCCCGGGCCUUAUGUGUUCUGUUGAGCUUGCUCGUAUACUGUACCGCUGACCAUUUCUUGUGAAAAUCUUGAGGCAGGACAACAACAAGUCUAUAUUGAGACGACCUACAGUAGCAGAUUUUGACGGGUUGGGUCCCCUCACCCACAGCACCCCAACAUGCCUCUGGUUACGAGGAAUAUAGAGCCACGGCACGUGUGUCGCCAAACCCUUCCUGCCACCAUCCGCAGUGAGCUGGAAUGUGUCACCAAUAUCAGCCUGGCUAACAUCAUCCGCCAGCUGGGCAGCCUCAGUAAAUAUGCAGAGGAUGUGUUCGGGGAGCUCUUUGUUCAGGCUGGAGCAUUUGCGAUCAGGGUCAAUACGCUGGGCGACAGAGUGGAUCGCCUGCAGGUUAAAGUCACCCAGCUGGACCCUAAAGAAGAGGAGGUCUCUCUGCAGGCCAUAACAACCCGCAAGGCCUUCCGCAGCAGUCUGACCCAGGACCAGCAGCUCUUCACCAGACCAUCUCUGCCCAUGCCAGUGCAGGACACAUACAUCACCUGCAAUCCUCCCCCACCUCUUAACCACCUCAGCCAGUACCGGGACGAUGGAAAAGAGGCCUUGAAGUUUUACACUGAUCCCUCCUACUUCUUCGACCUGUGGAAGGAGAAGAUGCUGCAAGAUACCAAGGACAUCAUGAAGGAGAAACGCAAGCAUAGAAAGGAGAAGAAAGACCACCUGAACCAACGGACGCUCAAUCCACGAAAGAUCAAGACCAGGAAGGAGGAAUGGGAGCGCCGCAAGAUGGGGGAGGAGUUUGUGGUGCCAAAGAAUGACUUGACGAAUUCCACUGAGGGUCUGAAUGGCAGCAUUGGAUCUGGAGAUGGCUUCAAUUCUGAAGGCCUUGAGCUGAGCACUGGCUCCUACGCAUACGAACCUGGCUCCCCUAUGUCUCCGCCUGGCACUGAUGACUUCCUGCCUCCUCCACCUCCAGACAUGUCGUACAAUGAUGGACAGUAUGGAGCACCACCCUCGAAGCGUGUCAGCGUACUGAGUCCAAGCCACCCACCUCCUGCUCCCCCCAUGACCUCUCCUGCAUCCAACUCUCGCCCCAACAUGGCACCUCCCCCUGCUCCUCCCCCUCCUCCUCCACCCUCUGGCUUCGGAGUUCCUCCACCUCCCCCUGGCUUUGACACCCCACCUUCCCCUCCCCCGCCCACCUCUAUUCCCUCUGGUUAUCCCUCUCCACCUGCUCCUCCUCCUCCACCUGCCAUGUCUGCUGUUUGUCCUCCUCCUCCGCCACCUUUGCCUACAGGUGGUGGUCCACCACCUCCCCCUCCACCACCGCCUCCACCUGGUCCUCCUCCAUCAUCCUUUAGCAACCCUGCUCUUCCCUCUGGAGGAGGGAUGGCCCCCAGCUCUGCUCCUAAACCUCAGCCGGAGCCUGACGAUGACCCUCGCAGUGACCUGCUGCAAGCCAUCCGACAAGGUUUCAACCUGCGUAAGGUGGAGGCACAGAGAGAACAGGAAAAGAGGGACCACUUUGGCAAUGAUGUGGCUGCCAUCUUGUCCCGCCGUAUCGCUGUGGAGUGCAGCGACAGUGAGGAUGACUCUUCAGAGUUUGACGAUGAUGAAUGGUCCGAAUGAUCGGCCUUCCACCUUCACUACCACCUUCUCUGUAUCUUUACUUAGCUGUAAAUAUCAUCGGUGUGUUUCUGUUCUGAUCACCCUCUUAAGUAUCCGUGAAGCAGAGGCACACAAUAUGUGUGUGCGUGUUUCUGUGUGUAUGUGUGUGUGCCACAUUUUGUGUAUGCACACAUAGUAUUUACAAAGUUACUUGUUACUAAUCACAUUCCCUGACCCAUUUAUUUGUGCUGUUCUAAAACUACAAAGUCCAAAGAGUGAGACAGAGUGUGUGUGUGUGUGCGCCUGGUUGUGUGUCGUUUUGCAGUUACCAUUAUUGGAUGACACAACGCUCUUAUUGAUAAGAUUGUUGUGCAAUGUGAUGCACGUCUAAUUGCUGGGUCUGUGCGUAAGCAAACCACUUCAUCUUUAUGUAAGUGUCCCUCACACUCAGAUACCUGAAGCUACUGGCUAUAUUAAUGAUUUCAUCUGAGAAAACUGUGGCAGAGGAUAAUAGAGAGGGAGUACACACACACACACACACACACACACACACACACACACACACACACACACACACACACACACACACACACACACACACACACACACACACACACACACACACACACACACACACACACACAACCUCUUCAACACACAUAUAACAUUGACUGAGUAGUGAGACACCUGGUGUUAAUGAUCAGACCUUCCCACUCAUCCAUCCAAUAUAUGAUAAAGAUGCAAAGUUAUUUUUGCUUAUUGAAUCCUAUCUACUAAAGAAAAUAAUGCAAUUUAUUUUUAUUCUUUUAAAGCACAAGUUUUGUUAUCACUCUUUUCUUCCUUUACAUUUGUACUAUUUUGUCUUGUUUUCUGCAGCGGUCAUGGGAACAGUUAACUGGUAGAUCAGACAUUGCCAUAGCUUUUUAACAAAUUCAUACAUUAAAAACUCAGUGUGAAAGGGAGUUAUUGGUUCAUCACGGACACCCGGGGUGUCAGAUGAGAUCAUACGGAACAUAUGCAGACAUUUAACACAAAUAUCAUGAUUCAUUCUGUCCUGGUUUUUAGCUAUUUGUCUUUUCCUUCUUUCUGUUUUUUCAUUUCGAUUUCUUCUGGGGAUAAACUAGGCUCUGGUGUUUUCAUCACUCUCCUCUGUGUAUAAUCAGGUAGCUUUUUGCCCUAUCCUGCUGCCUUAUAAGUGCCUUUUUUUAUACUGAAAUUCAGUGUCAGAGCAGGUUUCAUUUGGUUUACCACACUGGUCUCUGAUCAGCUUAUUCCAAAAAAAAAAGUAGGAACAUCUGCCAUUAAGAAAUCAGAACAGCUGUCAUUAGUGAGUCUAAUGUAGAAGUGACUGAUGUUUAGUGUGGACCACAUUAUUUCUAAGUGCCUUUAUCUUAUAUUUGCCUUUGUUAAAUCACAAUCACAUGGCAUGCUUAGCCAAAGUUCUACUUCUCCUGCCUUAAAUUUACAAAUGAUUGUUAUUUGAAUAAAGAGAGUGAACUACAGCAAA